CCCAAAAAUCAUGGUCUUUGCGUACAAUAGCUUCUUGCGAGGCAUCUGAGAGCAAAUGAGCGUCGAAGCAAGUUGGAUCUUUUGACCCUUCGAAAGUCGUGAUGAUAGAGGAGGACAUGCAACAUGCGAUGGGAAUAAGAUGGUUAUUACUAUUGGCUCCUCUACCAGUAUCUCGUCCUCUUCCUGGACGACAUCGUUGUUCUCCUUGGUGCUGGCAGGGCUCUCGCUUGCUGUUGCCGCUUCCCUGGCCAUAAAGUCGCCAACUGCAAAGGCACCAAAUGACAAUCAUAGUGGACGCAACGCGCGACGUAUCCGCAUUGCCUGCUUGGGAAACUCUAUUCAAUAUUAUAAUGAUUGUCCAAGACUAUUGGAACGAAUGCUUCAAGAAGCAGCAGGCGGUUAUUAUGACGAAGUCUACCAAAACUCCUGCUUGAGAGGUGGUGCCUCCAUUAUCUCCUUGUGGGAACAGGGCAAUGGCAUGCGAAACAAGUUCCGAACGCACAAUGCUCUUAGGCCCGAUGGAUCCUACGAUAUCGGUGCACCCACUGUCAAGAGUUUACUGGAAGACAAGGACCACAAUAAGCGGUUUGACUUUGUCGUUAUCAAUGAUCAUACUCAGUCUCCAGCACGAGAGGCGUCACGCACAGAGACAGUGAACUUGCUGAAAGAAGACUACGUGCCAUUGAUGGUACAGUCGGGUGCCACGCCUGUGUUUCUACAGACAGCGGCCUAUCGCAAAGUGGACAUUCGAGGAACUUCUGAUUUGGGCGAUUUUGAUCACUACACCAAGUUACUGACAGAAGGCUAUCUAUUGUACAAAGAAAAAGUGGAUCAAGCCAUGAAAGAGCUAAACCCAUUGUCCACUCAAUCAACACGCAUUGCUCCGGUAGGGCUUGCGUAUGCUCGCAUUUAUCACUCUGACCAGGAACUCUGGAAACAGCUUUAUGAUGGGGACAAUUUUCAUCCCAGCCCACAUGGAACACUCCUGCAAGCUUUUGUGCUCUACAUUACCAUGACACAACAGGAACCUCCAACCUCCUAUGAUGCUGCAACUUGGUGGGAAAGAGCUCGGAGGAUGCAACCUCCGUUGGAAUUUCCUCUGCCUCUUCCCACAAAAGAUGAUGCAGAAGUGCUUCGAAAGGUGGCGAUUGAUGUAUGUCAAACGAGCAAUUUGUUGGCAAAGGUAGUAUGAAGAAUGCAUCUGUGGUGUAUCCGCGGGAGUGUCCAGGACACAUGCCAACUCCCACUGGGCCCAUCAGAUGCUGGAGGACUGUCGAACCAGACGAUUCUUUGCUCUGGAUCUGGCGUCAAAUCUUGGCCGGGGUCGAGAUUCAGACAUAGCCAGCAGCCGCGAGGACACGACGCAAAAAGGCCAAGAAAGAUGAGCAAGGUGCCCAGCAACGAGAGGAAGAGACGGACCCAAUCCGUACCUCAUCGAUGAUUCGAUUCAUUCCUUAUGUUGAUACCUCGCACCUUUAGAAGCAUACAAUUCCUUCUACUAGCUAGUAUCUACUGAAUGCUAGCUAGCCAAUCAAAAAUACGCACACCAAUAACCUCCUGGCUAUUCGUUUAGUUGAUAUGUGCUGGGAGGGCAAAGCUAUGGAUUGAUAUAACAAAUUCAUUUCCAACGAGCCCUCAUCUCCAUGCGUCUACUCCGGAAUUUAAGA